CAUUGUAUAAAAAGGGAGAAAUAAUUCUCUUUCAAUCGUUCUGCAACAAUUUUUACAUCUGUUGCUUGAGAAAACCGCACGCGAUAUCUUGAGAAAUUUAAGCAAAUUUUUAAAAAGUACAAGAAAAAGCUAUCGAAAAAUCUAGAAAAAAUGUCCGAAGGCACCUCUAAAGAAACAGUUUUAAAAGCUGCCAUGACUUAUAUAUGUGGUGAAUGUCAUCAUGAAAAUGAAAUGCGUCCCCGUGAUCCUAUACGAUGUCGCGAGUGUGGCUAUCGUAUUAUGUAUAAAAAGCGCACUAAAAGAUUGGUGGUCUUUGAUGCUCGUUAGAUAGGCGAUAUAAAGAUAUAAUAAGUUAAUGGGAAAAAGAUGUUGUAAGAUAUUAAUUCUUUAAGGCGAAUUUAUAAUAUUUAAAAUAAAGAAAAUGUUGGAUUUAAAGUAAAGGACUUCUUUUAGAAUUCGUUUAUUUUUUGUAUAAUGUCGAUACCUACCAUAUUAAUCGGAUAUGCAA